UGGAGGAACGCGCAGGCGCCGAGGCCGCAGCUGGCUGGGAGGGAGGCAGCGGCUGCAGAAGCGGUGGUCGUAGUAGCAGCUGGCCGGGCUCAGAGCGCGAGUAGCGGUCACUGUUCUGCACUGGAUCAUUUUCAUCCAGGGGCCUACUUAAAACCAAAGAGAAAAGUCAUGGAGAGGGUUUUCCUCACAGAAGAGAAAGCCAAUUCAGUAUUAAAGCGUUAUCCAAGAGCAAAUGGUUUUUUGGAAGAGAUAAGACAAGGAAAUAUUGAACGUGAAUGCAAAGAAGAAGUUUGUACUUAUGAAGAAGCAAGAGAAGCCUUUGAAAAUGAUGUGAAGACUAAGGAAUUCUGGGACACCUACAUAAAGGAACAUCAGGCAGAAAACAGAGGAAGUAACUGGUAUCCAUUUUACCUUGCAUUUCCAUUAAUCAUUGGCCUUUUUGUUAUCCUCAUCAUCAUAUUCAUAACUUGGAGAUAUCUCCUAAAAAAGAAAACUCGCAGACAAACCAUGUACAUGAGACGGGGAGCACUGGAAGCCAAUAAUGAUGGCACCCUGACAGACAGUCGAGGACCUCUCCCGUCCCAUCUCAGCAUCACUCAUUCCCCGCAAGAAGAACUCUUUGACAGCAGUGGGCUCUCCCCAGGAUUUCUGGGUUAUGUAGGUGGGCGCUCAGAUUCUGUCUCUACACGUCUCUCUAACUGCGACCCCCCACCUACCUAUGAAGAAGCCACUGGUCAGACAAACCUAAGAAGAAGUGAGACAGAACCUCAUUUAGAUCCACCCCCCCAGUAUGAUGACAUCAUGAACUCCAGCUCAGCCAAUGCCAUUGCUAUGGUACCUGUCGUCACCACCAUCAAGUAAAGCAGGAAAAAAAAAAAAAAAGCCAACUCCAUUACUCUGGUUCUUUUAAAACUACUAAUGGGAGAGUUUUGUAGCACUUUAUCACAGCAUAAUCAUGCAUUUACAUAAUUUAUUGGACCUUCAAAGCAUACCACUUCCCCCCUCUCAUAUCAUUUUCCUUCUUUUUUUUUUUUCGUUCAGAUUUUAUCAGUGCUCAUUUUGGCUAGUGGGAAGAUAGGAACAGAUACCCACAGCAGUGUUCAUAUGGGAGUGCAUAUAAAUGCCAAUAUAAUAUAUAUAUGAAGCUGCCUUUAAAAAAUCUUUCUAUCUUAGUAACCUAGAGAGGGAGACUUAUUAGAUGCUACAAAGUGUAGCACUUAAUUAUAUUUGCAGAUUAGAAAGCCAGUAACAUGUUGAAUUUUGCAAGUAGGAAAUUAUAUUGGAUUAACUUUCCUCAGUAACUUCCCAUUUACCUUAAAAAGGAAAAUGCAUGUGGUAAUCUGAAUUUAGACACUCUGACAGAGAUAACAAUAAGUGAUAAAGUGCUAACAACUUUUAACUAGUAAGAUAAUUGGUUAUUAAUGACAUUUCAGGGUUUGUGGUGUAUGUGGUAAAGAACCAAACAGUGUUUAUGUAUUUUUAGAUGACUUUGAUCAUAUUUAUUCACUUCAUGCUUUCUUUUUCCUUUUGCCAUGAAAUAAUUUGUAAAGUGGAUACAGACAAAUAUUAGAGUGACAAACUACUCAAAUUUGAUUAAUUCCCUCCUUACUUCCUUGUUGUCCAAUAAUACCACCCAAACUUAUUCCCCUCCAGCUUGACUCUUCUCUAUCAUUUUAGGAAUAUGAUUAAGAUUAAAAACUCUGAGAGAAAAAUAUUUUGUUACAGUCAUAGGUUAGGCUGCAGUCAUUGCCUCAGGAUUAUAGAGAGGCAAUUUCCCAUAAAGUUAGAUAUAAAAGAAUUAAAGCACUGUGAUUUUUAUAUUGGUUUUCUAUUGAUGGAGAAAGAUUGCAAAAUCUGUGUCAUACCAGGGGCAAAUUGGAAUCCAAUUACAGCCUCUUUGUCACUUUUCUUUUUGUGUUACGUUGGGUCGGGGGAGGUACAGUUAUAACUCUCACAAAGUAGGGAGUUGAUGUCAUGCUCCCGCAGGCAGAAUAUUUGAGAAUAGAAUGCAAACCUUCUCUAUUGGCAGCUAUGCUGUUUUCUACAGUUAAGUGUGAGUUUCUGUAUUGCACUGAUAUGAAGUUGAUCAACCCUGUCCACCUGAAUGUUUUCAUGCAGUCCCACUCCCACAUUGUCAACCACUUCUCCACACCAGUCCGCACUCCUCACAAAGUCAAAGGGAAUUGUCUCCUGGACAAAAGAAACCCAUAUUUGACAUACUCAUAGACAGAAAAGAUGAUGGUCUGAACCAAGUGGAUUGUACGUUAGUGAGAGGUUCCAGCAACAACAGUCCAUUGCCCAGGAACUGUGAAUCAAUUAUUCAUAAUGCUUUUACACAGUCAAGAGGGUAAUACAAACUUCUUUUGACCUUGCCACCAUCAAAGUACUUGGUCUCACACAUCUUCUACCAUUUAUUAUUGUGCUGACAUCUGGAUUGUUUGCUCAGCAAUUACUGUCCAAAGGCCCAGGGGAAGAUUUUAUAAGUGACUUUAAAUUCAAAAGUUACAAAACAUCUCAAUUAUGGACCACAGCCUCAACACUAAGCACAUUAGUUUUUAUUUUUGUGGGGUUUUUUUGUUUUUGUCUCAUGAACAUGACUAUAAAUAUACAGUAGAUAGUUGCUUCUGCUACAAAAUGAAAGAGCAGAUUGAUAUGACCUCAGAGAUUUCUUCCAUUCUUAAUCUAUGGCCUAUGUACUCUCAAUCUUUGGCAUUUUUAGAAACUAGCCAUUAGGAAUUUUCACUUCAAAAUUUGUUUUUGUUAAUGUUUGUUUUUAAAUGUUCUAUAGAAGCUGGCCUGAAGCUCUUCUUAGAUAAUUAGUAGAGUGCAGGGCUUGGGUUGGACCAGUAACUAGAAGAAACUGAAGGACAAGAGCCGGGUAUACCAUAAUUAAAUACUGGCCUGAAUUAUGUUUAUUUGCAAAUUUAAGUUCCUGGGUUUAAUGUUACUGCUGCUUUUUAUGGAUAUCCAAACUGCAAUACUGAAUGGAUUUUGGCCUUUGGAAAUAAAGGCCAAAUCCUUAAAUAUAUCAAUCAGUGAUUAUAUCUGUUGAUCAGAGAAAACCCUGACUGAUAAAAGGCAAUGAGCCAGAAAUGUCUGUGAAGAGACCAGAAGGGGAAAAUACUGUUUUGUUUAAAAUUCAUUUAGGAUUUGGUAUUUCCAUCCUCAUCCUGAAAUGAAAUCCAGUUUUAUAGAUUCAAUUUCUUAACAUUUGCAGAAGAGAAAGGGGCUCAUUCAAUGUAGCAAUAUAUUUUUUAUGUUUAUGCCUUUCCAAUCUGAUUGAUAUUGCAUUUGCCUUCAAUGGUUUUUAAUAAAGGUUUAUUUUUGCAGAAUAUAUUUACUACCUUUCUUAAACUAACUAAAUUGAAUUGUAUUUGCAUUAAAUAACUGAAGUAGAAUUUACAGCCUUAGCCCUGGAUGUUUUACAAGCCUCCCACGUGCUGUGACUGUGUUUGUACACCUUUAAGACAAGCAACCUUGCCUUCUUUGAAUGUAACAAUGAGUUGCAUAAUAUGCAAACAAUAAAGUGAUUGCUGAUUUUCUGAUGACUUCUGUGGAUAAAGGCAUGGUUGUUAUUCAUUUAGUACUUGAAAGAUAACUUCAAGAUUGGUUACCCGAUUGAUACCUGUGGAGGUUAUUCUAACUUAGUUUUGUGUAAAUAACAUGUAUUUGAUUAUAAGAUUUAAUAUUUGAAGACAUUUGGUUUACAUUAAAUUAUGAUAUUUAAACAUUUUGUUUAUGUUCAUAAUAGAUGAGAUUUUUCUUUGUCUUUGUGAUUUUUUGGUAUGCUAAAUAAAGCUAUUUUUAAAACCAAGAAGUUCUUUAUGCCAAGUAUCAAAGCUAUCACAACGUUAUAGUAGCCAAUAAAAUUGAUACUAUAUACAGUCUCCUUCCAAUAAA